GUCCACCCUUCCCCUUCAGUCAUUAACGGGCACUCGGACAAAAAUGCUCCGGUGAACGAAGCAACCAUAGCGGCAUGGACGGCUGCCCGCCAUAGUAGAAACUUCCCGGGUUUCUUUUUUUAUUUUAUUUUUUAACAAACUAACAGAUUUUAUUUCUACAUUCGACAUUUUUUCUUGUAGCGUUUCUGUUUUUUUUGUUUAGUUUUUCUGCCUCAAAUGGAUCGAGUUAAAAGCUCCAUGCAGCAAGUUCCCAACGCUAUCCCCAAAGUGAUCCGGCGGACCGGGGGGGCCAACAGCCUGGAGACGGAGAGGGAAAACUUCGAGAGAGUCCAGGCUGUCAGCAUCAAUAAGGCCAUCAACACGCAGGAGGUCGCCGUCAAAGAGAAACACGCCAGGACUUGCAUUUUGGGGACCCAUCAUGAAAAAGGUGCCCACACAUUCUGGGCCGUGGUCCACCGGCUUCCUCUGUCCAGCAACGCUGUGCUCUGCUGGAAGUUCUGCCACGUCUUCCACAAGCUGCUGCGCGACGGACACCCCAACGUGAUUAAGGACUCCAUGAGGAACAAAGCAGAUCUGACUGAUAUGAGCAGGAUGUGGGGUCACCUGAGUGAAGGCUAUGGGAAGCUGUGCAGCAUCUACCUCAAACUGCUCAUCACCAAAAUAGAGUUUCACAUCAAAAAUCCUCGUUUCCCCGGCAACCUGCAGAUGUCAAACAGGCAGCUGGACGAGGUGGGGGAGAACGACGUUAACAACUUCUUCCAGUUGACUGUAGAGAUGUUCGACUAUUUGGAGUGUGAGCUCAACCUCUUUCUGGCUGUUUUUAGCUCCCUGGACAUGUCGCGGUCGGUGUCGGUGACGGCAGCUGGACAGUGUCGCCUGGCCCCCCUCAUCCAAGUCAUCCUAGACUGCAGCCAUCUGUACGAUUACACCGUCAAGCUGCUUUUUAAGCUGCAUUCCUGCCUUCCAGCCGACACUCUCCAGGGCCACAGAGAUCGCUUCCAGGAGCAGUUCAAGAAGCUAAAGAGCCUGUUCUAUCGCUCCAGUAACUUGCAGUAUUUCAAGAGGCUAAUUCAGAUCCCACAACUGCCUGAGAAUCCACCGAACUUCCUGCGUGCGUCAGCUCUGUCAGAGCACAUCAGCCCGGUGGUGGUGAUCCCUGCUGAGUCGUCGUCGCCCGAGUCGGAGCACGUGGUGGAAACGGACGACCUGGUCGACACGGAUAUUCCCGUCCUGCCGGCUCCUGUAGAAACCAAGUUUGACGACCUGUUUGGAACCUCAGCAGCUAUCGAUCCGUUCAACUUCAACAGCCAGAAUGGCAUGCGCAAGGAUGACAAAGACCGACUGAUCGAGCAGCUGACCAGGGAGAUCCAGGCUCUGAAGGAGGAGCUGGAGUCAUUCCGGCUGGAGAGUGGACGCCUUUGUCAAGCCCUGAGGGGGCGCGUCAGUGAGCUGGAGGCAGAGCUCGCCGAGCAGAGCCACCUGAGGAUGCAAGCUGUCGGAGAGAGCGAGUUCCUGAAAGCAGAGCUGGACGACCUGCGGAGGGUCCGAGAGGACACGGAGAAGGAGCAGAGGAGUCUGACUGAGAUUGAGAAAAAGGCUCAGGCCAACGAGCAGCGCUACACCAAACUGAAGGAGAAGUACACAGAGCUGGUUCAGAGUCACGCAGACCUGCUGAGGAAGAACGCAGAGGUGACCCGGCAGAUGACCGUCGCUCAGGCCGCACAGGAUGAAGUGGAGGUGGUGAGGAAGGAGAUGCAGGAGAAGGUGAAGGCAGCACAGGAUGUGACAGACAGGCAGGAAAGAGAGCAGCAACGGCAGCUGGAAGACCUCCAGAAUGAGCUGGUGUCCACCCGGGAAGAGCUGGAAACCUUGAAGUCCUCCAUGGCCUCAUCUAAGCAGUCCACUGAAACGCUCAGCUCUCAGAUGGCGGCCCUGGAGUCAGAGAAAGCCGAGCUGGUGCAGUCGAUGUCGAAGGUGGAGGCAGAGCUGGAGGCCCAGAGAGAGGAGCUGCAGCGAGCCCAGAGCUCGCUGGCGACAGAGAGGGAGAGCGGGGUGAAAGCCGCCGAGGCCCUCCAGAAUCAGCUCAACGAGAAGGAAAGCAGGGAGCAGGCGCUGGAGAGCCAGCUGGUGGCGGCUCGCUGGUCAAGCUUGCGAGGCGCCGUGGAGGAGGCAGAGAAGAUCAUCCAGGACUCCCUGUCUCAGAUAGACGACCCGGCUCACAUCAGCUGCACCAGCUCUGCAGACUACCUUGCAUCGAGGUGUCAGGCCUCUUUGGAUUCAUUGGACCAUUUAAAUUCUUCCAUAAAGACCUUCAUGGAUGACAACUCAGCUGUGUUGGAACUAGUGCGAGCAGUUACCCGGAGUGGCCACCUGGUGGGCGACACCAUUGUCCAGGGCAGCGCCACCUCACACAUGGUGCCAGUGGAGAAAUCUGAUGCCCUUUUGGAGACCGUGAAGACGUGCGGCGCUGAAGUUCUGCUCAUGCUGGGACAGAUGAAGCAACAGGACCACCUGGCAGCAGCGGACAGCGCCAAGCUAAGAGCAGCUCUGGAGGCCAUCCUGGCAACAGCAGAGAAACUGCGCCCUCGGGGUUUGGAGCUGCAGCAGGGGGAGCUGGGAGAUCUUGUGGAGCAGGAAAUGGCUGCCACUUCCACUGCGGUCGAGUCGGCGGCAGCCAGGAUAGAGGAAAUGUUGAACAAAUCUCGAGCGGUCGAUACGGGGGUGAAGAUGGAAGUCAACGAGAGGAUCCUGGCCUCCUGUACUGAGCUGAUGGAGGCCAUCAAAGCUCUUGUUUUGUCCUCCAAAGAUCUUCAGAGGGACAUCGUGGAGAGUGGCAGGGGGGCAGCCUCUAUGAAGGAAUUUUAUGCUAAGAACUCCCGCUGGACAGAGGGCCUGAUCUCUGCCUCCAAAGCGGUAGGAUGGGGCGCCACAGUCUUGGUUGAUGCGGCUGACCUGGUGGUGCAGGGCAAAGGGAAGUUUGAGGAGCUGAUGGUGUGCUCGCAUGAGAUAGCAGCCAGCACAGCGCAGCUUGUUGCUGCCUCCAAGGUAAAAGCAGACAAGGACAGCGGCAAUCUGCAGCGCUUGCAGCAAGCGUCCCGGGGCGUCACGCAGGCCACAGCCGCUGUGGUGGCUUCCACAAAGUCUGGGAAGUCCCAGAUUGAGGAUACAGAAACAAUGGAUUUUUCCAGCAUGACUCUCACUCAGAUCAAACGACAAGAGAUGGACGCUCAGGUUCUGGUUCUGGAGCUGGAGACACGUCUGCAGAAGGAGCGCGAGCGUCUCGGGGAGCUGAGGAAGAAGCAUUACGAGCUGGCGGGGGUCGCGGAGGGCUGGGGUGGAGACGACGAGGGUACAGGCUGAAACCUCUCCACCCAGGUCGUCCCACCUCCCUCCACCAUCAGACCGGCUUCUGUCCGCCUCGAACUAUUUAUGGACACACUAUCUGUCUUUCUCUUCCUUUUGUUUGAUCCUUUGUUUUCUAAGCCAAAUGAAAAGGUGCUUUUUUUAAAGAAAAACUUCCUUCUCCACACGAGAAAGAUGGACGUGAAGUUCAGAAGAAAGCUACAACCCAUCUUCACAGGCUCACACGCCUCCAGGAAGUAAAUAACAGGAUGAUUGUGUCUCGAGUCCCAGCAGCGCCGACACAAGCUCCUCCCAGAAUGCAGAAGGUUUGACUCCUCGUUCUUCUGCUGCAGCUGAGCGCUCUCCUGACGAUUCCUCCUGUUCUCCUCUCACUGUGAGCGAUCACCUCAUGGAGUCCACGCCGCCUUACAGGCCGGGCCCGCCGCCUUUCACGUCCUCAUCGUUGUAAUGACCGGGACUGUUACCCCAUCCCUUCGUUCCUGAACUUCAGCAGGUGGACGCUCCUCAGCUCCUUCCACACAGAGAACACUAAUAAUCGUGUGUUUUUUUUCUCCUUUCUAAAGGUUAAAUGAUUUAACGGAGAAUCCUUUGUUUUAAACGUUUUUAAGUUCUGCCGCCUUACUUCUCACUUAAAGUCAUCUGCUUCCAGUCCAGGAGGAUAACGCUACACAAAAAGCAAAUGUGUCCCUAUUUUUUAAGUUUUAGAUAAUAUUUGACUGAGAACUAUAAAAAAAUGUUUUCUCUGCACACAAAAAAAAGAUUGAUCUGUGUUUGUUUUUCAUGGACUCUGAUGUUUGCAGAGCUUCUAUAGACCAAGUAAGACCAAGUAGCUGUGUGUUCAAUUCCACGCCUUCUUUUGGUUUCUUCUCAACGUCUCUCAACGUUCGGACCGAAGCGGCGCCCGGUGUCCUUCGCUGAAUGAAGCCACCAUGGGGCCCUUUCGUUUUUCAGGCUCACCUGAUCUUAACCUGCUCUGUGUCAUGCCGCAGCAGUGAGGGGGCGGGGCUUAAACAGGAGCCGGAAACUCAUCUGAUGCGUCUUUCUGUAUCACAUCACAUUUCUGCUGCUCCAGUAUUAUCUGCAGUUCAUUUUUUUGUAUUUGAUGAGGAUUUCAGCUCUUUUUUUUUUCUCAUUUCUUCAGAAAGUUUUAUAUAAAAGAAAAUAUAAGAGAAGCUACUGGGAGUGGUGUUUCAAGUGUCUUUGAGUGAUGAAAUGGACAAAGUUUGGUUUCAUUUUUGCCUCUUUAUUAACCCGUUUGUCUCUGUAGUGGUUUCAGCACAGCCAGCCUUCCAAACUGCCUCACACUGUAGUCAAACAAAUUACUCACAUAGCAACAUUGAACCAUGAAUGAUGUUCUACUAAAACCAUGUUGGUGAGUUUGUUGUUUUUUUUUCUUCAGUUUUUGAAAUAAAUAUUUCUGCUCAUUAA